UGGCACUUAGAAGAGGAUUGGCCAGCAGGGCAGGGUCUAAUCCAAUAGAAAGCCAGCUCUUUUCACAGACUUCUCCUACUCCUGAAAGUAUACUGGAGCUGAACGAAGUUUGAUUUGGAUCAGAAUACAGUUACGAUGGCUAGCACUUUCACCAAGCUUCUGACAAGCCGGAACACAAGCCUGCUCCUGGCCAGUCUGGGAGCUAGCACCAUAGCAGCUGGCUACCUUAUGCGUGAAAAUGCCAGGAUUUCAGCUGCAGAAAAAAGGAAGCUGUACCCUCCCAGUGCUGACUACCCAGAUCUAAGAAAGCACAACAACUGUAUGGCCAGUGCUCUGACCCCAGCCAUCUAUGCCAAGCUAAGGGAUAAGAUAACUCCAAACAACUGGACCCUUGACCAGUGCAUCCAGACUGGUGUAGACAAUCCUGGUCACCCCUUCAUCAAGACAGUGGGUAUGGUUGCUGGCGACGAGGAAAGCUAUGAGGUGUUUGCUGAGCUUUUUGAUCCCGUGAUCAAGGACAGACACAACGGCUAUGACCCAAGGUCUAUGAAGCAUCCAACAGACUUGGACGCCUCCAAGAUCACCUCAGGCAUGUUUGACGAGCGUUAUGUCCUGUCAUCUCGCGUGCGGACAGGCCGCAGCGUCAGGGGCCUGAGCCUGCCUCCUGCCUGCACCCGCUCGGAACGUCGUGAGGUGGAGAGGGUGGUGGUCCAGGCCCUGUCUGGUCUGAAGGGAGACCUGACUGGCCGAUACUACAGCUUGAGUGAAAUGACUGAUCUAGAGCAGCAGAGACUCAUUGAUGAGCACUUCCUCUUUGACAAGCCAGUCUCACCUCUGCUCACUGCAGCUGGCAUGGCCAGGGACUGGCCUGAUGCCCGUGGUAUCUGGCACAACAAUGAUAAGAACUUCUUGAUAUGGAUUAAUGAGGAGGACCACACCCGCAUCAUCUCCAUGGAGAAGGGUGGCAACAUGAAGAGAGUGUUCGAGAGGUUCUGCAGAGGCCUCAAACAGGUGGAGCACUUAAUUCAGGAGAGGGGUUGGGAGUUUAUGUGGAAUGAACGGCUGGGUUAUGUCCUCACCUGCCCAUCCAACCUUGGCACUGGCCUGAGGGCUGGAGUGCACGUCCGCCUACCAAAACUCAGCAAGGAUCCUCGCUUCAACAAGAUCCUGGAUAACUUAAGGUUGCAGAAGCGUGGCACAGGAGGAGUGGACACUGCUGCUGUUGGCGACAUAUUUGACAUCUCAAACAAUGAUCGUCUGGGCAGAUCUGAGGUGGAGCUGGUGCAGUUGGUCAUAGACGGUGUUAAUUACCUAAUCGAGUGUGAGAAGCGACUGGAGAAGGGCCAGGACAUCAAGAUUCCUGCCCCCCUUCCUCAAUUCAGGAAGUGAGGCGUUGGCAAAAGCUGGACCCAGUGCAGUGGCUAAGCAGACACUCCUUCCACUGAAAUCUUAUACAAAUCUUCUAAAUGUUAUGCAAACCUCAAUAAAAAAGAGUUCUAAAGCUA